AGCAAAGGGGGUGUGCACUGAGGGGAAAAAGUGGAGCCUUUUUUCUCUUGUUAGGGGAGGGAUUUUGUUUUGCAUUUAAGGUCUGCAGCAUAAACAGGAAGAAAGAGGAGAUUUUUUUGGUGCAUUGAAAAGAUAGGCAGAAGCUUGUCACGCCUGCCUUAAGCUCUCUGUCGUUUAUUCAAGAGUUUCUCUAGUGUGCUACCAUCUUUGCUGGUGAAAAUGGAUGAGCGAGACCCUGCAGGCUGCACACAAAGGGAAUCAUCGGAAGGAACAGGAGCAGCCGGUUAUGUGGGCCUCGUAGGUUGCAAGAUGGGCAUGGAAGGAGAAAGUGAAUCCCCUGUUGCAAUGCAUUCUGGGGAUACCAGGGAAUCCCUCAGAAGGUCAGUUUUGUAUCAGGUGAAGGAGGAGCCAGAAGAUGCCUCAGCCCAACAUUGGGAAGCCCAGUGGCAGACAUUCCUAAGGACAAUGGAGUCUCCUCGCUUGGGCUGGGAGGAGGAGCCCACCCCGUGGGAUGAUGCUAAAGGCUUCCUGGCCUCCUUUGAGCAAGUGGCCAAAGCCUGCCGGUGGCCCAGGGAAGAGUGGGUGGCCCGACUCCUUCCAGCCCUCGGCGGAGAAGCCGAGCGGGCCUUUUUCACAUUAGCAACAAGAGACAGAGAAGAUUAUUGGAAAGUGAAGGCAGCCAUCUUGCGGGGGGACACCAUCAGCAAGGAGAAGAUUCGCCAGCACUUCAGGCGCUUCUGCUACCAGGAGGCCGAAGGGCCCAGAGCAGUUUACAGCCGACUCCAGGAACUUUGCCGUCGGUGGCUGAAGGUGGAGAGGCACUCCAAGGAGCAGAUCCUGGAGCUGCUGAUCCUGGAGCAGUUCUUGGCCAUCCUGCCGCUGGAGAUCCAGAGCUGGGUGAGAGAGCACAACCCGGAGACCUGUGCCCAGGCGGUGGCCCUGGUGGAGAAGUUCUUGCUGAAGCAGCAAGAGGCCGAGAGAAAGGUAAAGCAGGCAGCCGUAGAAGAGGCAGCUGUGAGUUUCUCGGAGGGAGGCUGGGCUCCGUCUGAUGCUGUGGACAGGCACUUGAACACGGAAGCCAAGCAAGAUGACGAUGGGCGUGCUAGCUUUUUGGUAGACAAAGAGUGGAUGAUCACUGGUGAGGAGGAGGAAGUGCCGGAGGGCUCAGAACCGGUGGGACCAUGUGAGAUAUCAAUCUGGAAAGUGGAAGAGGACCUUUCCCAGUGUUGUGAGCUGGAAAAUCCCUGGGCAAGUCAGGAGAGAGCAGAGCAUCAGCAGAAAACCCACCCCGUGGAGGAGACAGUUGAAGCCACUCCUUUUGGGGGAGGUCACGAGGCCUCCAAGGAAACCGUAGUCCAGGCAGAAGGCGGUUUGCGGGAGAUUGAGGAUGAGGAUGAACUACAUGGGACAUCAUUCCAUCGGACGUCGUUAGAAAGAGCUGGAUGUGAAGAGUUGAAAGAGAAUCUCCUUAAUCAAGGCGAUGCAAUGAUGCAGAGGGGGAAGGCAGCAGAGAAGAAGGAUGGGUCUGUUACUUGUCAGGACUUGAAUGAAAUCCUCACCCAGCAGGGAAAACAAAGAGAAACAAGAAGCAAGUGCCUUGGUGCACCCUCAGAGGAGAAACCAAAUAAAAACUUGACAUUUGGGAAAAGCUUCACUCAGCAUCAGAGACUCCACAAUGGGGAGCUACCGCAUAAAUGUCUGGAUUGUGGAAAGAGCUUCAACCACAAGGCAAACCUUACUUCACAUCAGAGGAUCCACAGACGAGAGAAGCUUUAUAACUGUUCAAACUGUGGGAAGAGUUUCCUUCGCAAAUCAAUCCUUAAUAUGCAUUUGAGAAUGCACACAGGGCAGAAACCAUUCAGCUGCUCGGACUGUGGUGUGAGCUUGAGCGCUCAGUCAAGCCUCAUUAGGCAUCAGAGAAUCCAUACGAGGGAGAAGCCAUAUAAAUGCUCGGCGUGUGACAAGAGCUUCAGUCAGAAUUCAGAUCUCAUUAGGCAUCAGAGACUCCAUACAGGAGAUAAACCAUAUCAGUGCUCCGAAUGUGGGAAGAGCUUCAGUCGGGGGGACUGCCUUACUUCUCAUCAAAAAAUCCACACAGAGAAGUUUCUAUACAAGAGGCCGUACCUGGCAGAACAGCCUGGGAUGAAAAUGGAGGAGCGGGUGCCAGCAAGACGUAGGCAGGAAGGGAAAUUGCGAAGUGUCAGAAAAGUCCCUGACGUCCUCCAGGCCGUGAUUAUCGGAGAAGAUCUGCAAAGAAUACCAGAAGCUCAGAUCAAACAGGAACCGAGCGAGGGGCAACUUCAGCACUGGGAAACCCAGUGGCAGGAGUUCCUGAAGAGAGUGGAGGCUUCUCAGUUAGGCUGGGCUGUCCCACCAUCCCUGGAGGAGCCCUCCCCGUGGGACGACGCGAAGGCCUUCCUGGCCUCCUUUGAGCAAGUGGCCGAAGCCUGCCGGUGGUCCAAAGAAGAGUGGGUGGUCCGACUCCUGCCUGCUCUACGUGGAGAAGCCGAGCGGGCCUUUAGCAGGCUGGAAACCAGAGACAGAGUGGAUUAUGGGAAGGUGAAGGCGGCCAUCUUGCAAGGGGACGCCAUCAGCAGGGAGAAGCUGCGUCAGCACUUCAGGGGCUUCUGCUACCAGGAGGCCGAGGGGCCUAGAGUGGCUUACAGUCGGCUCCAGGAACUUUGCUCACGGUGGCUGAAAGUGGAGAGGCACACCAAGGAGCAGAUCCUGGAGCUGCUGAUCCUGGAGCAGUUCCUGGCUGUCCUGCCACCAGAGAUCCAGAGCUGGGUCAGGGAGUGCGGCCCGGAGACCUGCUCCCAGGCGGUGGCUCUGGCCGAAGAUUUCCUGCUGAGGCAGCGAGAGGCCAAGAGAUGGGAACAGCAGGAGCUGACAAAGUUUGAGAAGGUAACGGCGUGCUCCGUAAAGACAGAGGCGUCUCUCUCCAGCCCGGGGCAGACUCACCUGCUUGAGGAAGCCAAGCAAGGUCUGAACACCAAGCUGCUGGGUUAUAUGCAGCUGAGCAAGGGUGGAGAGAAGAUUCUAGAAUAUUCCGAGCUGAUGAAGUCAGACUGGGUGUCUCAAAGGAGAGCGACUCAGACAGUUUCCCAGGUUGAGGUAGAGGGGAAAACCACUGGGAAUCAGCACAGCCCAAAGAAACAGCGAAAAAGCCACAUGAGAAGUCGGAUUAGAGAAUCCGUUCUGGGUACAGCAAAUGAAAGCCUCAGUGACUGCCUCUUAGGGCCUCAAGGACAGGCCUGUGCAAUGCACGAGGACUCCGCUCUUCCCGAAUUCGAAAAAAUCCAAAAUGGAGAGGAACCAUUCCGAGGCGGUGCUGACUAUGGGGAAAGCUUCAGCCUCAAGGAGCCACUUCUGAGACCUCAGAGAAUCCACACCACAGAGAAGCCGCACAAGUACUCUUAUUGUGGGAAAGCCUUCUGUCAGGUUGUCCACGAGAGACCCCCCCACGCCGAGAAGAAGCCCUUCCAGUGCUCCGCCUGUGGAAAGUGCUUCAGCCGGAACUCACUCCUCCUCAAGCAUGAAAGGACCCAUGGUGGAGAGAAGCCAUAUACUUGCACCACCUGCGGAAAGAGCUUCGUUUACAGCUGGAACCUGAUGAAGCAUAAAAAGAAGCACACAGGGGAGAAACCACAUCAGUGCUCGGCCUGUGGGAAAACCUUCUUUGAGAGGUCAGACCUUAUUAGACAUGAGAGAACCCACACGGGGGAGAAGCCAUAUAGAUGCUCCCAUUGCUGGAGACGGUUCAGUCAGCAGUGGCUCCUUAUUAAACAUGAGCGGACCCAUACAGAGUAGAGGCCAUGCAAGCAUCCACAGUAGACGUGAAGAAAAUCUGAAAGGCUGCCUCUUUCCUUACAGACCCUCUCAGGUAUUCAGCUCAGCAGAGGGAGGCCUCUUCAUAGUUCCACCACCCUCAGCAGUUUGGGGGUGGCGGCCUAGGAGAGGGCCUUCUCUGUGGCAGCCCCUAAGCUGUGGAAUUCCUUCCCCUCACAGGUGUGCCUGGAACCUUUGUUAUGUAAUGUCUGUCAGAUGCUGAAGACACACCUCUUUACCCCAGCCUUUGACACCUAAGAUUUAUAUCUCUAUAUAUAUUUUAGGACCCACCUUUUUCUCUUGACUGUAAUUUGAUUUAAUUGGUUUUAAUCAUUGUAUAUAUUUUUUGAUGGUUGUAACCCUCCCUAGGUCCUUAUAUAAGAGACGGGCAAGAAACCUAACAGAUCAUAAUAGGAAAUAAGAUUAAGAGGCUCCAUUUCUGGGCUACUCUUUGCUUAAUCAAAAGAAGAAGUAAGGUGGUGAUGAGGAAAUGUAUGAAACGUUUAGCAUGAAGGAGGGGCUGCAUUCGCACGCCUGUUUGUCGUUAAGCAUCCUCAGCGAAAAGAAGUCACAGGCAACGUCUGAUAUGGCUCAGAAAAAUACUGUUGCAGGGAUGGACAGUGUGGUGCUUGUGGGUGCAGAUGCAUCCUCUGCUGAAAUUAGGCUUGUAUGAACCCUUCUGUUGUAGCCAGCAUUGGAGGCUGGUCCAUUUGGGCGGAUGAGGUGCCUGCGCCACCAAUCUCAGCCUGCCCCCAGCCAGUUCCCCACCUACCUGCUGGCCUGACUUAUAAUCAGUCCAGGGAAUGGCACUGUCUGUCAGUUUCCUCCUUCUUAGGUCACAUCCACACCAUCCCUUUAAAGCACUCUUAUACCACUUUAACAGUCGUGGCUUCCCCCAAAGAGUCCUGGGAACUGUGGUUUGCUAAGGGUACUGAGAGUUAUGAGGAGACCUCUCGCAGAGCUACAGUUCCCAGCACCCUUAACAAAAUACAGUUCGCAGGAUUCUUUGGGAGGGGGACAUGCCUGUGGGGUAAGAGUGAUUGAAAGGCAUGGCGUGGAUGUGACCCUAAACUCAGUGUUGCUUUUUUAGAAUUCAGCAGGGAAGAGGUUGGGGACAAAACUAGAAUUGGUUGGCUCUGUGUCCAUCUGUUGUUGGGCUCUCUGCCUUCUGCCCUACCAGUCCCAAAGGACACCAGCUACCACUCAUAGCCAAUAGAAUAGGUUACAGUGUGUGCUUGGUUGUAGAGUGUGCGCAUCUGUGUAUGUGCUACCUGGAAACAGUUUCUCCAGUUUUCAAAUGCGUCCACAGGCCCAAAUCUGGCCACCCCUCAUCUGGUAUCUCAUUUCACAGGAGAGAGAGAAAAACCCUGUGUUUUCUAUCUCAGUGUUGUCCUUAUUUCAUCAGGGCAUGCAGGGGAGCGAAGCGUAUUUAAAUACCAAACAUGAUGUUUGGGACUGAGGUAAUUUUUUUCGGAAACAGCCAAUUUCUGGUCUGCUCGCAAAGCUUGGUAUUUCAGGCCCAAAUCAAGUUUGAUUUUAGGAUGAAACGUUCCAUGUUUAGGGAUGGGGAACCAUUUCUGAAGCUGUUUUGUUUACACCAGCAAUGGGGAACCGGUUCUCUGUCAAGGGGCGUGUUCACUCAGGGGCAAUCUGUCCGGAGACAAAGCCAGUGGUGGGCGAGGCAAGAGUAAAAAGGGAGCAGAGCAGCCCUUUCCUCACUCCCAUUUCUUCCUCCUUGCCACCCUCAUGAAAUUAGGCCAAGGGCCAUGUGAAAUAAGGCUGAGGGCCACAUGUGCAGCCUUGGGUGGCCACACACCGACCACCCCUGCUCACACAGCUCUGAGCAGAACUGACAGGCCCCCUUUGUCUCGAUUCGGCUUAAUUUCUGUAGUUUGGGAGCUGGUCUAAGGCUUCAGAAUCGCAGAUGAUGAGCGGCACUGCAUUAGUAGCUAUCCUUUCCCCUAGAACAGGGCCGGGGAGCCUGUGGCCCUCCAGAUGUUGCUGGCCUAUGUCAGGAUCCCACCUCCUGCCACCACUUGUCAGGCCCCUUUCUGUGGUCACCACCUUGUCAUGGUCCCACCUCAGGGUCCUGGUCUCUUAAUGGUUCUCUCACCAGCUCUAGCAAAGAUCUCUCAAGAUCCCACUGCUAGGCAGCACCACCAGACACUCCCUGUUAACAAUAUUGCCUUGAGACUGUGCCUUAGACUCCUCCUGGCUUAUUGCUACUUUGUGUCUGGGUGCACUUGCAGGCCACAACCCCCCUGUAUCUUUGUGCCUAUAAAGAAUACAGCCCUGGGUUGCUCUGGAUACCUGAUGAUGUUACACUAUCUCUUUACCACUGCCACCAUUGAUACUGUUUCUGAACCUUGGUAUAUGCCCUGCCCACCCUUCUGGUCUGUGUAAACCCAGCCAAGAAAUAUUUAUUUAUAUACACAGGGAAUAACAAGAUUACUUAAAGAUAUAGUCAACAAGCAUGUGGUUUCAUAAGUUGCGUUACUCUUUAUGUUUCUAGUCGUCAGUAACCUGCCUCACUACCCACCUAAUCCAAUCCACCCAACAAAAGCCUCCCAAAACCAACCAACUUAACCAACCAACUUCUCCCCCCCUCUCAACUGUCAUCCUCUCAUUUAUACCUUCAGACGCUUAGCCAAUCAUAAUACAACACUCAUCAACAUUCCAACCCCUGUACUCCCCCCUCUCACUCAGUCCACUUACCUCAUUUACUCUAAUAAACCCGCACUUACCAUAUUUAUAGUAUUAUAUAUACGGGGACAUCACAUGAGGAACAGUACUGGUUGACAUCUUUGGCAAUGUUCGGCCAAUAAUAAUGAGCAGUUAGCCUCUUCUUUGUCUUUUUUAUACCAAGAUGUCCUGAACAAGGUAUAUCAUGUGCCAUAACUAGCAAUGUGGAUCUGAAUUUGCUAGGCACAACUGACUGUUUGACAGGUUCACAACUUAUAUCUCUUCCUUUUGGCAGCCACAAUCUAUACCGCACCCCAUUUUCCCCACACUGUUUGAUCCCUCAGGCUCUCUGUAAAAGGGAUUUUUUGUGGUAGCGCUUGUUCCUUUAUGGGUUUUAAACUGUCAUCUAUUUCCAACUCCUCCCUGAACUGCUGUGCCUCUGCAGUAGAAAACACAUUCAAACUUAGCAACAUUGUCUCAUUCUCUCCAGGCUCACUAGCAUACUUCUUUUGCAUUAGUUCAUGCAGUGGGGUUGCUCUUUUUCCAAACUUCUUGAUGAACCUUCUAUAAAACUCUGUUAUACCCAGGAACGCUCUCCUUUCUGAUCACAUCUAGCAUUCUUUCAUUCACACGAUAAGGGGUAGAUCUUAUUGGAGGAUGAUUGCCAGUGUCUAUAGUAUGUUUCGCAACACUGGUUCUACCAGGUCUAGUAUUAAAGAGUUCCUUAUGUUUGCUCAGAACACUCAGGACUCCCUCUUUGACCUCCUCAUCCACCUCUGACCACUCCAACUGAUCUAAACCACCCUCUGCCUUGCUCUCUUGCAUCAAGUCUGGAAAAUCAGGACCACUCUCUUCAGGGAACAAUGUGACUUGUAAAACCUUUGCAUCUCUGGCGUGAUAGGGUUUUAACAUGUUCACAUGUACUACCUUGUGUUUCUUCAGUUUGUCUGAUGUUAUGACAUAAGUCAAUGUGUCUAAUUUCUCUAACAACAAAUGGUCCCUUCCAGCUGGCUUACAGUUUAUCAUGUUUUCUGGGAAUAAAUGCCAUGACCAUAUCCGCCACUUCAUAGACACACUCUCUUGCUGUCCUGUCAUACCAAUAACUCUGUUUUGUUGAGCUUGGCUCAUAUUCUUUUGUACCACUUCCAUCAUAGUUUUUAGUUUGUUACGGAAGUCUAACACAUAAUCAACCACGGAUGUUUUAUAUUCCACCAGGAACCCUUACCACGAAUUCUGUAACAACUCCAAAGGACCCCUCACUUUCCUUGCAUAUAUUAAUUAAAAAGGCAAGAACCCAGUUGAUUCUUGUGGAACUUCUCGAUAAACAGAUAAAAAACACCCCAAGUGUUCAUCCCAAUCCUGUGGGUGAUCUUGUAUAUAACUUUUUAUCAUCCCUUUCAGCACCCUGUUAAAUCUUUCUGUUAACCCAUUGGUAGCUGGAUGAUAUGUGGUUGUUUUCAGGUGUUUCAACCCACAACACUUCCACAUGCACUGCAUAACUUCACCCAUAAACACACUGCCUUGAUCAUUCAGGACCUCAUGGGGAAAACCCAGCCUCAUAACGAUCUUCAGUAAAGCCUCUGCCACUACAGGAGCUUCUACUGAUCUCAGAGCCUCAGCAUCCGGGUACCUUGUGGCAAAAUCUACCACCACUAAGAUGUAUCUCCGGCCAUGCCUUGAGGGUUUAGAGAAAGGACCUACUAUGUCUAUCCCCACUCUAUAAAAAGGCUAUCCUAUUAUAGGAAGGGGUUUCAAUUGAGCUUUUGUUUUCACCCCACUUUUUCCCACCUUUUGACAUAUAGUACAUGAGGAACAGUACUUGUUGACAUCUUUGGCAAUGUUCGGCCAAUAAUAAUGAGCAGUUAGCCUCUUUGUCUUUUUUAUACCAAGAUGUCCUGAACAAGGUAUAGCGUGCCAUAACUAGCAAUGUGUAUCUGAAUUUGCAGGCACAACUAACUGUUUGACUGGUUCACAACUUGCAUCUCUCCCUUUUGGUAGCCACAAUCUAUACAGCACCCCAUUCUCCCACACUGUUUGAUUCCUCAGGCUCUCUGUAAAAGGGAUUCUUUGUGGUAGAGCUUGCUCCUUUAUUGGUUUUAAACUUGUCAGCUAUUUCCAAUUCAUCCCUGAACUGCUGUGCCUCUGCAGUAGAAAACACAUUCAAACUUGGCAACAUUGUCUCAUUUUCUCCAGGCUCACUAGAGGUUGCUAUGGCAACCUCAGGCUCAGUUAUAGGCACCACCCUGUUCUGUUCAGCGUCAGACAAAAUGGCUUCUACAGCUUUGCCAAGCUGUUGCCUUGUCACCACAUAAAUCUGCCCCUGAGAUCCCAUUACAUCUCUGCCCAAUAUUAUGGGUUCAUGCUGUUGGGCAUUGAUACCCACUUUAUAAGACUCCUCUUUUCCUCUCCAGUUCAAUUUUAUUAAGGCCAUGGGAAUGCUCUCUGGCUCACCUCUCACACCUUGUAUAACUAGUUUUUGCUGAGGUAAAAUUUCCUCAGCUUUCACCAAAUCUGGCCUCAACAAGGUCUGAGCAGCACCAGUGUCCAGCAAAGCCCAAUAUUUUGCCCCUUGCACACACACUUCUCUUAAGUUUGAUUCAAAAUCCUGUACAUUUGACCAGCUUAUUUGACAGAAUUGUAUUUUCUUAGUUUCCCCUUCUCUCAACUCAUUUUUCACUGUUCUUACUUGAACAGGAUUACUGAUGGGGUUUGUAGCUUCCCAUUGAAAACGUAGAUGACCUGGCCUACCACAUUUGAAACAGAUUUUUUCCUCCAUUUUAGGAUACACAGACCCAAUUUGAGGUGUCCGGUGUCCUUCUGAUUUUAUUAGAGGGUUUACUCUCCGUGGUGCCAUAUCCCUUCUGCCAUUAGUAUUGGGUUUUGUUUUAAAAUCUCUUGUUGUCUUUCCCACCCAACCCGUUCGGUUUGAGAUAAAAUUAUCUGCCAGCUCUGCUGCCUCCUGCACAGACUUAGGGGAACGAUCUUUAACCAGUAACCUAAUUUCUGGUGGCAGUUGAUGGUAUAACUGGUCUAAUAUCAUGAGGCUCACCUCUUCCACAAGCUGAGCUUUCACACUCGUCAUCCACUUCUCAAAUAUGUCCAUCAAUUUUGCCCCCAACUCCCCAAAAGACCUCUGAACAGUUUUCUAAAAUAAUCAGGCUCCAGAAUAAAUCUUUUGAACAUUUCUUCUUUAAAUUCAGCAUAUGUCACUGGCCUGUCUGAGGGGAAAUAUUGAUACACCUCAGCCAAUUCCCCUUUAAUUAAGUUUGAUAAAUACUGCAUAUAUUUAUCUUCAGGUAACCCCCACAUCUGAGCUGCCUUUUCAAAUGUUGUGAGGUAAACUUGUGGAUCUUGUCCAGGCUCAUAUACAGCAAAAUCUUUUGGAGUGACUUUUAUUUUUGCUUCAUCCCUCUCUUUCCUUGUCUCCUCAGAAUGAAACUUCUCUCUUUCUAAUUUUAACCUUUCCACUUCUAUCUCAGCCUCCAUUCUCACUCUUUCAGUCUCCAUUCUCACUCUUUCAGCCUGCAAGACCCGCUGCUUCUCCUUUUCCCCAGACUCAAAGACUCAUUGCUUCUCUUUCUCCUCAGACUCCAUUUUAAAUCUUUCAUCCUCCAUUUUAAAUCUUUCAGCCUUCAUUUUACAUCUCUCAGUCUCCAUUCUCAGUUUCACCAUCUCAAUCUCUCUAUCCUUAUCUUUUUCCUCAUGUUCCCAUCUUAACUUCUCAAAUACUCCACAUAGGCAGGAUUACUUGAGCACCCUUUUGGGGGCUCUUCUCUUACAGGCUCUUGGGUUCCAUAUCAUCUCAGUGGUCUGCUCUUCCCCAAGCUCCAGGAAAUAGGAUUUUAUAGCAGGCCACAACUGGAGUAGCCGCUCAAUAGCUGGGAAAAGAGAGAGCCACCGUGUGUUUCCAUGUGUAAUUAGUGCAUGGUACUGCAUGCCUAGCUCAUCAAAGCAUUCCCUGAGUUUCUCAUUUUUAAGGGUGCUCCUGGAGAACUCUGUGUAUACCUUAUGAGCCAGAUACGCAACAUCGUACUUCUUGUUAAACCAGCCAUGCCUGGCAGCAUUGUGUAGAACAUGGCAAAAACAGUUUGCCUUCACAAUGGAACUUUUCUGUUCCUUUAGGAUCUGGAAUACAGAGUUCCUUACACCGUAAUUGACAGCAGCAUUGUCUGCUGUGUAAGCCACUAUAUUUUCAGCAGAUAAUCCCAGAUCAGUCACAGUCUUCAGAAGGCUAUUGCUGAUGGCAACAGCAGUCUCUGAUGGUAACUCAUAGAAGUCCAGCAGUUUCUCUUGGACUCCAAGGUCAGCAUCAAAGUAACGCACAGCCACAGGAAACAUAUUUUACGGUUGCCUUUGUUAGAGGCGUCCGUGGCAAUUGAAAAAGGAACUUUAUUAGUGGAACGUCCACCCAGUGCCUGCACCACAUUUUCUAUUGAUUUUGGUCCAAGCACGUUUUCAGCAAUGCACUCUGGCUUGGUUCUUCCACAGUGCAGUUUUUUAACAAGAGCAGAGUCCUCGAUUAUUGUAGAAAUCAGUUUUAUUCCACAAUCUGUGCUCAUGUAACUGUGAUGGUGCAUAACUGCAUGAUACACGCUGCUAACCUAUAGCAGCAACACAGAGCAAUUCUGGUGUACUUUUCUUUGCAAAGAAGGAUGUCAUGGCAGCACUCUGAUUCACCAUUCUUGAGGCUCUAAUGUGUGCAGCAUUUUGCUUGUGUCUCCGAAUGGCCUUGUCACCAUCAUAUUUCACAGUGAAAGUAGAAUUACAGUACUUACAUCUGACAAGAGAGUCAUCUACUUUUACGAUCCAGUCUUUGAAAUUAUCAUUCUGCAACCAUUCAGUCUGAAAUGAUGCUGCAUAUUUCUUCUUCUGCUUCUCUCCUUCUGGCUGCAUUGAAACAACAGAUGUGCAGCACAACAGCACCUGUACAGGAAGAAGAGAGGGUUCAUAAGAAAAAUGCCUAAAUCCACAGCCAAACAAUACCUUUGUUAAGACCGACCAAAAUGUCACAAACUAGGAAGCAAACUUUCACGUUCUCCAGAAAGCUUUACCAAGCUGUAUGGCAAAGCUGGCUUGCUGUUGUUGCCACAGUGUCUACAUCUGGUCGCAGUCUGGACGGAGUGUAGGAAGAGGAGAUUUUAUUUUAUUUAUUUUAUUUAUUAGGUUUAUAUCCAGCCCUUUCUCCCAGUAGGAGCCCAGGACGGAGAUAGUGGACUGGCAGGACGGAGAUAGCGGACUGGCAGCACAAUCCUAAACUCAGAAGUAAGUCCUGCUGAAUUCAGUUGGGCUUACCCCUAAAUAAGUGGAGUUAGGCUUGCAUCCUUAGGUUGCCCUCUCACUUACUUGCCAAAAAGCCCCAUCCAAGUCAAUGAGACUUACUGCUGACCAGACAUAUAGAGGAUUACACAGUUACGUUUGAUUACUUUGCAAAUCUCAUUGCAUUUAAUGUAACAUAGUAAAUGUGUUCAGGAUUGAAGCUGGGUAGUUGGAUUAAUUGGAAUCUAUGUGGUUUUUAGGUUGUGUUACUCAGUGUAGUAAGAAUAUGCUGAAGGCAGAAUGCAUAGGAUCAGGCUACCUGGUGAGAAUUCCAUCAUCAUAGUAAUAAUAAUUUCAAAAACUCACCACAGUGCUGUUGACUGUGCUUCGCAUGUCAAUCAAAUGAUCCUCCAAACUUCUUCAGACUAUCCUUCGCUGCAGAGACAGGAAUGAGUAAUGGUUAAGAAGAUUCUCUACAAUUUCUUGGCUACCCUGUUGUGGGUAGCUAUAAACUCACUUUGAAAGACAACCCAAAUCUAGUGAGUAAUAACUGACAGAGAGAAAACACCCAUGGUUUGGUCUAUCUUCCCCCAAUCCCUAUCUAAAUCCCAUAAAUAUUCUUAUUUAUUUCAUUUAUGAAUCGCUUCCCAUGAGGCAUCCCAAAGGGAUUUAUAAUACAAUAAAAAGAUAUAGAGAGAGCAAUCACAUAUAUAAAAAUCAAUUAAAAACAAUUGUAUACGUAAUAACAAUCUAGAAAUACAUCUCCCCAUUGUAGGGAAGGCUGCGACCAGGUGAGCUGUGGGCCUGCUCAAUCUGCUGUCAGGGUAGCCAACUUCCAGGUUCUCCAUUCUUACGGUUCUUCAACUUUAACAUGGCUUGGAUCAGAAACUGUUCAAAAUAGAGGACUCCUUCAGACAGAAGAUUGGGACAGUCCUCUUGACAGCCAUUCAAAUAGAGGACUCUCUUCUGUAAAGUAGGACAUGCGGACACUCUGUUUAGGAAUGGCUGUCACAGAUAGUAGCAUCAUCAGUACCAAGUGUGUGUCCAUCACAGUUGGCUCCUCUCUCUCCCUCUGUGAAUAUCUUCCUCUCUGACUCACUCAAAGUGUCUCUGAGGAUCAUCAUAUGGCACUCAAAGGCUGCUUGUUUACUCCUGCGAGACCCUCCCAGCUAACGAGCCCCAAAUGGGUGGGGCAUGUGUAUUUAUGUAUGUAUAUAUAUAUAUAGCACAGAAAUCCCUUCACUGACUCAUAGCCAUCGGGAUUGCUCCUCUUGGAUAUUCUAUCAUUCCCCCUCCUUCUCGACAACUACAAAAUGGGCAAACUCCUUGUCCUGUGUGUUGCAGUUCUUGCCUGCAUCAGUCUCGACGGAAGCUCAGGACACCUGUUUUGAUCACAUGACAUUUAUUCUAGAAUUGUCUGUUACGCACCAUUCUCUUUGUAAAGACACUCAAGAAUGAAAAUGGGGAAUCAGGAUCCCACUGGAGACACGUUACAGGAGGCAUCGGAAGGAAAAGCAAAAGGCACCGAUGUCCUCCAGGAUGGGAACAUCAAGG